AUGAUCCUGUUGAAAAUUCCGACACGGUCUUAUUGUUCACCUUCAAAAAUAACAAAGGGCAUGGGCCUAUCCCCAUUGAAGAAAUCCCUAUUAUCCAAAAAAAUAAAGGAAAACAUUCAUCCUUCUUUACCUGUUAGAACUAGGUUUGCGCCCUCACCAACUGGAUUUUUACACUUGGGGUCACUGAGAACAGCCCUUUACAAUUAUCUGCUGGCAAGAAAUACCAAUGGGCAGUUUUUGCUUCGUUUGGAGGAUACAGACCAGAAGAGGCUAGUAGAUGGAGCAGAAGAAAACAUUUACGAUAUUUUGAAAUGGUGUAACAUAAACUACGACGAAACCCCCGUAAAGCAGAGCGAGAGGAAACUGAUAUAUGACAAGUAUGUGAAAAUACUACUAUCUUCUGGGAUGGCGUAUAGAUGUUUUUGUUCAAAGGAGCGAUUGAAUGAUUUGAGGCGUUCGGCAAUGGAAUUGAAACCUCCAUCGAUGGCAAGCUAUGAUCGAUGUUGUGCGCAUCUAGGGGAAGAAGAAGUGAAUCUUAAGCUAGCUCAAGGAAAGCCCUUCACUGUACGGUUUAAAUCGCCGGAACGAUAUCCAAUAUUUACUGAUCUUUUACAUGGAGAAAUCAAUAUUCAACCGCAAGUGAACUUCAAUGAUAAACGGUACGACGAUCUUAUUCUUGUUAAGUCUGAUAAGUUACCAACCUAUCAUCUAGCAAAUGUUGUAGAUGACCAUUUGAUGGGGAUAACCCAUGUUAUAAGAGGUGAGGAAUGGCUACCUUCUACGCCUAAACAUAUCGCCUUAUAUGAUGCAUUUGGGUGGGUUUGUCCAAAGUUUAUCCACAUUCCCUUAUUGACAACUGUUGGUGAUAAGAAACUGAGUAAAAGAAAAGGUGAUAUGUCUAUCUUGGAUUUGAAAAAGCAAGGAGUUUUGCCGGAGGCCUUGAUUAACUUUUGUGCGCUAUUUGGUUGGUCUCCUCCAAGAGAUCUGGCUUCGAAAAAGCACGAGUGUUUUUCAAUGGAGGAAUUGGAGAAUCUUUUUAAUCUGGAUGGUUUGACGAAGGGAAAUGCCAAAGUUGAUGAUAAAAAACUGUGGUUCUUCAAUAAGCAUUUUUUGCAAAAAAGAAUAUCUAAUCCUUCGACUUUGAGGAAACUUGUUGACGAAAUUAUGCCUGCUUUGGAAUCCAGAUAUAACACAUCUACCAUUAGCCGUGAAAAAAUAGCAAAAAUUUUACUGAAUUGUGGCAGUUGUCUACCCAAGAUUAACGAUUUUUCUGGUGAGUUUUAUUAUUUUUUUGACAAGCCCAAGUACGAUGAUAAUGAUGCUGUCGCGAAAUUUCUAAGCAAGAACGAAAGCCCCCACAUUGCUAGGUUAUUAAAGAAAUUUGGACAGUUUCAAGAAGGCACUAAUGCUCAAGACGUGGAAUCUAUGGUGGAAACGAUGUAUUAUGAGGGUGGUUUCCCUAGAAAAGUCACGUACCAGGCAAUAAGGUUUGCCCUUGCAGGAUGCCAUCCAGGUGCCAAAAUAGCAGCCAUGAUAGAUAUUCUGGGCAUCAAGGAGAGUAACAAAAGGCUAUCCGAAGGUUUGGAGUUCUUGCAAAGGAAAAAAUAA